AAUAGAUUAAAAAAAAAAAAAAAAAAAUGGCGGCGCCCACAGAGUUUACAUUGGAAUCUGUUCGUGAAUUUAUGUUGGAAAGAGGUGGCAAAGUGACCAAUCACGAAUUGGUGAAACAUUUCAAACAGUUCCUGACGGAUCCUUACACUAAAGAAUAUGCUCGGGUGCAGUUCAAGGAGUACGUCAAUACGCUGGCCUUGAUCCGUCAAGAUGAUGGCGACAAAUACCUCGUAUUGAAACCGAUAUUUUGUCCGUCGGGGUACGCGACAAGCGAAAGGGUCAGGGACGUCGUUGAUCCCGUCUCGUCUUCGUACAACGCCGUUGGGCUGCCAUUACCGCCGUUGCCAACGCAGCCGCAAUACUUAUCACACUCACCGCACAUUCAACAACAACAUUAUGGCCAGCCGCCGAUGGAUGCGGCACCUGCCUUUCGGGCACCACCUCCUUACCGGCCGCCGCCGGAACCGACGCCCUUCCGUCGAUCUUCGCUGUCCGGUUCGGAUCUGUCGCAUUCGCCCGUCAACGUCUUCCCUCCGCCGAAAUCGUUGCCUUACAACCACCAGCCUCCCGUCGUCCCGCCGCUUCCAUCGCAGAAACAACCGCCGCCCGCCGUCCACCACUUCGUUCGUCAGACGAGCCUGCCGUCGGACGAUUUCAUUCCGGCCAGCGCGUAUUUAUCGCCUCAGCAACAGCCGAUGCCGGAGCGUUCCGUCUCCAUCCAAGAUUUCACGUCCGCUUCUCAUCACGUCCAGGAUUUAACGAGCGGAACGCCGCCUCCGGCCGUGCCGCCGCGCCGCACUAAAAACGCGCGAAGCGACGACAAAGAGAAUCAUCAUCUCGCCAGCAUCGGAUCGUCGUGCUCUUCGAUCGACGGCCUGAGUGUCGGUGGCAGCGUCGGCGCUUUGAAUAAUGAAGAGAUCAAGAUUAGCGUCAAAGAGCGGACGCAGCGUUUCAACAAAAUGGCCUCGGAGAUCGAUCUGGUGCAGAAGAAUGGAUCGGCCGGCCAGGACCGUCGCGAGAACAAAUCCAAGUCUCGUGAUGACGACGAUACUUCAUCUGUUGGAACGAUGGAACCGCGUGCCAAAGAGUGGAUGUUGGCCACUGCCCGAGGCGACUAUCACGCCAUAGCUCGACUGUUGCGUGAGGAACCACGACUCGCCAGGCGCCGGGAUUUCGUAACGGUAAGUUUUCGUCUUCGUGCCAUUUUUUAAAAUUCAUUUAAAGUAGUUCCUAUUCAUUUUUUUUUUUUUUUUUUUAAACAUCCGUUCGUUAACUCCUAAUCACCGUCAACCUAAAAAGUAUAGCU